AUGACACUCCUACCAUCACUGUCUCUGCUACUGGCAAUUGUAGUUGCGGUGUGUGCCACCUACUAUCCUUCGUACUGGCCGCAAGCAGGUGGACGAUGGUCAACGCAAGGGAGAUCUGGGGAAGAGUUAUAUCCUGGGACAUUUUUGGGGGAAGGGACUGCAGUGUGGCAAAGGGGCUAUGCUGAGUUAUCUUGCAGCCUGAAUCUUUUCGAAGGAUACGUUGUUUCGAACGUUGUUUGGUCCAAAAUGAGAGGAGACGUAGAAGAGCCAUUAUAUCCUUGCCCACAAUGCUACUAUCAGGAUCCAAGAAUCAGAGCCUACGAUCACAUGGGUAAAUCCAUCCUGAUGGUACGAGACCCUGGACCUUACGAUCGUGGAGUAUACAGAUGCACUGCUACAGGGCAAUAUCCUGAUGGUCGUCUGACAACACUUUACCAAAUCAUUCAUUUAAUGUGAAAUAACUGAUGUUAAAUGAUUCGCUUCAAGUGACUGAAGAUCCCAAAGAGCAGUUUCUGAACUAAUUGAACUUAUGUCGUUGUGAAGUGGGAAUUUCUCGAUAAGUUUCGAGCCAAAAGUGUUAUUGAAAAAUUCACUAUGAGAAAAGUACUUUCUCCUUCAGAUUUUUAAAAAGCUAUUUAGUUUCAUUAAUCAUUGAAUUAAACAGAAAUUUAAUUUAAAAUUCAAAUGUCAUGUCUUCGGAAAAUAAUCUUUUACGAAAUAAUAAGAAUUAAUGCGAAUAAGAAUUAAAUACAUAUAUAUAACGUGCACUUAUUUAGUAUUCUAAGUAAUUAUAUUUUAACAAAUACUUAGAAUUGAUUAAGAGUUUGAUUAUAUAUAUUUGAUUAAUUAAUAAUGCUUU